AUGUCCCAGUCGGAGCCUACUCUCCCCAAAACGCCACAACCCGGUUGGGAAAAAGAGCUUCUUGCCUUUCUACAGGGCCAACCAGCAGCCAUACUUGAGAGCGUACCGAAGCAUAUCACGCAACCAGGCGCCAACUGGGACACGAGCCGCUUCGACCUCACCACGUUGUCCUCGGGCGUCUCGCAAUACCAUUUUGUCGCACAUCUGAACUCUGAACACCAAGCUGGCCGGGACGGAAAUCGAUGGUCUCUGUCUCUUCAGACGGGAGAUGACACGUCGGUGACCGUGACCGUCGUCCCGGGAGACGAGGGAAUGCGCGGCAAGAUUACGCUCGAGAACGAGACGGCCGCGCGGACGCAAGUGCCCAGUGCAGCCGUAGUUUCUGCACGAUGCCCGAAUGAUAAAACGCGGGUAUGCGACAUCUUGGAUCUGAUUAUCCGCGAGAAGCGAGAUCAGUACGUUUUCGCCGCAGGGGGUGCGGGUGGGAGGUGGUGGAUGAAUGAGUUCGUACAGGACAUGUUCGAGCACGGCUAUCUACAGGGAUAUUACUUGGACGAUGUUCGCCGCAAUCUAGUACGUUAUUGGCCGUCCCCAGUCAAUAGCGCUCCCGUCAUUCGCCAAUGGGCGGUGGGCAAAUUCUGCGAAUGA